AUGGAGACUCCUCCAGGCCUGCAAACUGACUGCGAAGCGCUGCUCAGCCGCUUCCAGGAGACUGACAGCGUGCGCUUCGAGGACUUCACUGAGCUCUGGAGGAGCAUGAAGUUCGGCACCAUCUUCUGUGGGAGAAUGAGAAGUUUGGAAAAGAAUGUGUUUACAAAAGAAGCUUUAGCUUUGGCCUGGCGAUAUUUUUUACCUCCCUACACUUUCCAGAUCCGAGUUGGUGCUUUGUAUCUUCUGUAUGGAUUAUAUAACACCCAACUAUGCCAACCCAAACAAAAGAUUAGAGUUGCGUUGAAGGAUUGGGAUGAAGUUUUAAAAUUUCAGCAAGAUUUGAUAAAUGCACAGCAUUUUGAUGCAGCUUAUAUUUUUAGGAAACUACGGCUAGACAAAGCAUUUCACUUUACGGCAAUGCCCAAAUUGCUGUCAUAUAGGAUGAAGAAAAAAAUUCAACGAACUGAAGUCACAGAAGAAUUUAAGGAUCCAGAUGAUCGUGUAAUGAAACUCAUCACUUCUGAUGUGUUAGAGGAAAUGCUGAAUGUUCACGAUCAUUAUCAGAACAUGAAACAUGUAAUUUCUGCUGAUAAGUCCAAACCAGAUACAGCCCUCAGCUUGAUAAAGGAUGAUUUUUUUGAAAAUAUUAAGAACAUAGUUUUGGAUCAUCAGCAGUGGCACAAAGACAGAAAGAAUCCAUCCUUAAAAUCCAAAGUUAAUGAUGGGGAAGGAGCAAGAGAGAGCAGUGAUGCACAAGAAUCAGAGAGAUGCGAAAGGGCAGUAUCAUUAGCAAAAAUAAAGUCAAAGGCCUUUGCAGUUGUUGCUCAGGUAUCCAAGUCCAGAAGGCACCGACAAGUCAGACUUGAUUCUUCUGACUCUGAUUCUGCAUCUGGUCAAGGACAAAGCAAAGCAACUAAGAGGAAAAGAAACAAAGAAGCACUGAAAUCAGAAGGGAAGAAGGUAGCUUCCAGAAACAAAGGUGACAUGCAGAAUAUAAAUAAAGAAGAUAAUGCAUCUUUACGUCUGAGUAUGCCUGUAAUUACAGAAGACGAAGGACAGAAUGGACCAGUUAGUAAAAAGACAGGUAUGGAUGAGAUUAGGUCAGACUCCUAA